AUGGAUCGAGAUAACAACACCCAAACGUUAAGCAAACCACAAAGACCAACGCUACAUUGUAAGUUCGGGCACACAAACACAGAAAUACAACCAGUGCUGACUAGUUACAGCACGUCAUACCUCACAACUACCUCUCGUCAUUAACGCACUCUUGGAAUCCUCUCGUUUUCUCGGAGAUCGCAACACUUCAGUUGAACAACUUCCAAUUUCUGGUCCUGCAUCCUUGAAUACCACUUGCACCCCUUUCACAGAACAAUCAUCCGAUACAAGAUACUCACUUGCCACUCAUGCAAAGCAUCUAACAGAAUCUGUCCUAGCAAGAGAUGUCGCUGUACACACGACCUACAACGACGAUGUGGCUACUACUGGCAAGAUUCGCCGUAGUCUCAAUGCAAAAUAUUUCAAAGAGUCAACAGGUAUGUGCACAAAAUUGUUAAUACACACCAAAAGAUCGUUACAUUGUUUUUGAAUAAGCCUUCGUUAGCAAGGUGACUAAUUUCUUCCUUGCAGCUCCAACAGAAACAAAUAGGACCGCCGAACCACUAUCAAUAAACCUCCCUCCCUCUGCAAAAGCGUCUUUUGCAGCAAAACCGCGGUUGAGAGCCCUGCCUUCAAAAGACCUGCCAAAAUAUCUCAAUUCGAGAGCAGACCAGUCUACCAAUGGCAAGUCAGACGUUCUCCCCGUACCGGCUGUUGACGAAGAGUCUGAGGUGAAGUCCCGACAUUCAACACCUCCUUCAAGCCCAGCUUAUACUAUAACUUGGCUUGGUGAUUGCCAAGUGAGACCAACUGAGUCGUCAGAGGACGACAAGAGAGAGGUAGUCGUACUUGACGAUGUUUCAUACUUCUUGAACCGGGCACGUCUUUCUCCUUUGAAACAAACUACUCGUUUUCAUGCAGAAGAUUCCUCAGAAGUUCCAUGUUCAGGAGGCAGCUCACCCACUUCAGAGGUAGAUUCCUGUUUCUCAGAGGAAUCCCAAGAUUCCGAUGUUGAUUCUUUGGAUGGAUUGGAUCACGCUGAUUCCAUCAGGAGGCAGAGAGGCACAAGAAGACUUGAUGAGUAUGAACUGGUAUCUUCUGACUCAGACGUAGACAAAGUUCGAGGCAGAAAGAUCUUUACAGUACCAGGUGAUACGACUCCAUACUUUUCAUCAGAAGACCAGAGCAGCUGCACUUUCGGAUUCGAAUCACCGAACACAGGUUACUCGCCUAUUGACAAAAGAGAUCGCUCGCCUAAUUGGACUCGGAUUGAGAGAUUGAAAACUCGACACAGUAAUUUGCAAAAGAAUGGCAUUCCUCCUGCGAUUCGUAAACGAAUUCUUUAUGGGAAAUCUCGUAGUCUACCCAUCGACCGGAGUUUGGCCACUCUUAAUACUCCUGCGAUUUCCAGUUCCAACACCGCUGGAAAGAAAAUUGGGCUUGGGAAUAUUGCUGAGGAAGGGACUGUCGGAGAGACUGUCAACUCAAAUCCGAAAUCCCCAUAUUUUAACAGAAACAAAAAGCCGACUUUGUACCAACACAGUCAGGAAACGAGUUCCGAUGAGAGUGGUGUGUUGUUCAUGAAGGCACAUACGAAGACCAGGGACUUGAAUUCGCGAACUAUGGUCCACAAGGUGAAAGACGAGUACAAUCAUGACGCACUGCUCGAUAAAUCACUAGACUUAAACUCAGAACGUUAUUCAAGCGAAGAAAGUCAAGCCUCAACUAUUGUAGGAGAGACCACCCCGUUGCUAGCAAAAGUACCGACAGAGAAACCUGCAGGAAAGGGAAAGCAGCGUACUCGAGCGACCUCUAGUGAGUAUGAGUACCACUCACUAUGCCACACAGACAAAACUUCAAUUCGAGGAUUCUCAGGUCUCAACGGCAAGCGGAUCGUUAUUGACGAGGAAAAUGACGAGCUUCUACCUCAAGGCACAACUGCUGGAUCGCGGCCUCAAAUUUAUCCCACUGAUUUUCAGUAUCUCUGCGGCGACCAGUACCCACCUGCUGGAAGUUCUCGGGUGAUUGACAACGCCGAAGCUGCAACAACAUGGCAACCACGAAAACACAGCUGGGGAACUACUGUUCCGGAGCUUGAAAUUGGUUCUUGGAGCUCACAAGAGAGCUUUAUGGACCCUCCGAGAAUACCUCCUACUUCUCCGUGUCGAAACUUCCGGAAACCUCAUAUCGUUGGAAUGGAUCCACUUCCCGGAUACUCGAUAGAAGCUCCUACGAACCGUCUCUACUACGAUCCUAUCUCUAACUCUCAUUUUGGACCAAUGGUCGAAAAGGCCCCUCCUCGUGAAAUGUUGUGUGACUGGAAUCAUCGCUAUACUCGGACUAAGAAAGAGCUGGAAUCCAACCAGCUGCAAUCUUCUGUAAUGCCCUUGAAUGGGCCAGUUCCUGUUCUUCGAGUCAAUACGGCGCGGAUUGAUACUAUUGGCUCUAGAGUUUCGAGGCGACAACAAGUAGCGAAUAUUAAUAGUAUGGCUAAUGACCAUGAUAUAUCUCCAUUGAGGCUGCCUCAGCCAAGAUUCCCAGCGCCUCGGUGAGUAAUUGGCGUUGAAAUGUUCGGUCUUCUUCAGAAAUGCAAGCUAAUCUCUGUCACAAGGACAAACAACGGCACUACGAAUGAGUCCAGAGGUCGAACUAGAACCAGAGAUAGUAUUCCGGCCUCUCCAAGGACAGUCCCAGGACCAUCUUCAGUGGCUGAUGUUCUUCAAAACCAGCGUGAGUUUUAGUCUUUGUUCUUAAGGCAUUAAUUUGGGGAGCUUUAGUAUAGGAAGACUGCAAUAUUCUGUAGCAUCAACUUUGGGAUUUGAUUCAUGAGCUGAUUUCAUACAGGCAACACACACCCACAAAUGAGAAGAAGCAAUCGACACAUCUCCUUCGCCCCUCUCCCAUCAUCAGGACGUACACGUAGAACAAGCGUAGGAUUUAUAUACCGCCGUCCAUCAAGAAGAAGACAGCCUCGUUCUCUAUCCCCAAAUCAUCGUUUCCAUCAUCAAUACUACCUCUACGACUCCUCUGAUUCAGAAGAUGACCAGGAACCCAAAAUUGAACUUGCUCCUGUGCGAAAACCGCCAAUGAGAGCUGAUACACCACCACCGGAAGAUGAAUCGAGGCCGGUCAAAGCGAUUUCCAACCAGCCGUACCCUUACGUUCAUCAGCUGGCUACGAAAGCGAGAGGACUAAACGGGCCAAUAGAUUUGAGAAAUUUCAUGGCGCCGGGUGCUGGAGCUGGUGGUAAUGGCGGUGGGAAUGGAAAGAAAGGAAAAGGGAAGAUGAAGGAGAAUGGACUUAUCUCUAGGCAUGCUAUAAUCCAAGGUCCUGCGGAUCAAAUGCCUUCUAUCCUGGGUACGAUACCUGGUGUGAAGCCGACUAAAAAAGGACGCCUCACUAGGAUCUAUCGGGGAAGUGAUGAUUGUGUUGCAUUUUUGAAGGAGGGAAGCAACAGUACUGGAAGUGACGAGGCAAAUAUGGAAGAUUGGCAUGGUUCUUUACCUUACAGAUUUAAGUCUCUGUCUGUCAAUGAUGGCAAGACUGUAGCAUCUUGGUUUUCAAGCUUGGAUGUGGCGAAGAUCCUGGAGCUCGAGUGUGAGAAUGCAACUGCGCAAAAUCUUGCUCCGCCGACCCCUCCUUCUACUCCAGGCAAUUCUGACAAAAAAGAGUCCAGCAAUGAAGAGACUCCUCCCCCUUCGUCCACUCCUCCUUCUAAAGAAAAUGACGAACCUGGUGAACAGAACCCGGAUUCGAAAGAGAAGGAAAAGGAGGAGGAACCCCCAUUCAGGUUAUAUAUCAACAUCCUCAAAAAAGACGAGAUACCGUUAGCUCACAACACUCCUACCUCUUCGCCUGUCAGUCCUGGCGUUGGAUCGAAUGACUGGCGGGGUAAACCUGAGCAUCUUAAAUCGAAGAGUCACGACGAGAAGUAUGAUAGCCGUUCUAAUUUCCUAGGUCACAGUUGGCCACACAAAAGGUUUAUGUCUAGUGGAGUGUGUCGCUUUUAUCAUUCUGAUUCGCGCAGUACUGCGAAAGAACAUAAAAGUAUAAGAGCGACAAGUUUGAAGAGACAUUUGGACACGACCAGAGCUUUAAGGAUCAGGGCGGGUAUGGGGAGUGGAUUCACUGAUGAGCAUGGAUCUGAUGGUGGAGAUUCUUCCACAGAUUAUGAUGAUUCGGGGUAUGGUGAUGAAGAGACAGGUCUUGAAGAUGAAGGGGGAAAAGGGGAAUAUGGAGUAGGUCGUGGGGAUGAGGAUAAAGUGGGUUCUUCUUCUUGGAAGAGAACUUUUGGAAGGCCGAUUGAGAGAGUGGGUGAGGAGGUUGCUCGUCCUGUUUCGCCUAUGAAAGCCGGAAUUGCUAUCAUGGAUCCGCAAGUUGAGAGUCCCAAACCGUCGAGGACAUUGUGCGAAUUUGGCCCGCCUUGGAGAUCCCGUUCUGAUGAAUCCGAGCAGAAAGAUAUGAAGAACCCUGUUGUUUCUGGCAGCCCGAAGGAUAUUGAUUCUCGACUUUCCACUAUUGCUGAAGAUGACGAGGAUAGUGCAACGCUUCUUAGUUGUCCAAAGACUGAAGAAAAUGUGGAUCAAGCUGCUGAGAGUGAGAGUGCGGAUUCGCUUGACGGAGUUGCUACGCUUGGAAUUAAUACGCUAUCGACGAUAUCAGACACCACGCAGUUUGAGGAAUGUCAAGAUGGAGAGACUGGACGUACUUCUUCAGCGAUUCUGCGUGAAGUAGAAAUGGUCAGUUCUGUGCUGGCUCGCCAACAGAUUAUGUCUGUAAAAAAUCCAGAACAACCCCCAAUCCCAUGGCACCAAGCCUGGACCCAAGAUAUGCUGGAAACCAUCCAACAUCUUCGUGAUCUCGCCACAGGGUUAGAAACUCAUUUGCAGGCCCCUGACGAGCCCUUUGCUGUCAACUUGUGGCGGGGAGAAUGGAACGACGCUUUUCUUCAAGUAGUCCGUCUUCUUGAGAGGCUCUCGGAUCACUUUGUUGAUGCGUGUCAGGAGAGGCAGCUGGCGGAGCAGGAAGCGGAGAUGAGGGAGUUGGAUGAGAGAGAAAGUGUCCAGGCGAGGGAGAUAGCACUUCAACAGAUGGAGACGGGAGCUGUAGAGACGAAUGAAGAACAGUUGGUAGGAGAGGCGGGGAAGCGUGGGCCUUGGUAUGAUGUCAAGGCUCGGAAUGGGGGUUUGGAGGGACGGGAUGGAGAGGGAUUGAGAGGGAUGGAUGCUUUGAGAGUUGCAAGGGAGAAAGACAUAGUUCGAAAGAUGGAGGAGGAGAUAGGUAGUGGUUAG